AUGGCCAUGGCACAGGCCAUUCGCACAGAGACCACUGGAGACGAGCAAAUGGACUUGCUUGUUUUCACAGCACUCAUGCCCGAGACCCAGCUGGCUGUCCUUCAGGAAGCCGACACCAACAAGUUCAUCGUGGACUUUGUGCGCCAGCUAAAGGCCGCAGGUCCCCUCCUUGCCAGCACACACCGCCGCCAGCAGGGGGCAGUGGCCCUCGCAGUCCCGCAGACUCAGCAGCAAGGACCUGGUCUCCGGGGGGUCCCGAUUACAUCGGCCCAGCAGCUCCAGGGUGGUCGCCACCUGGCCGGCAGCUGCUGCGAGAUGAAGGGGGGUGCGACCAGCCUGGGGUGUUGUUUUGGCACGUUUUGGCAACCCUUGGCUGCGGCAAGGUGGAGCGCAGUCUGGCCCUCCUGCGUGCGGGUGGCCCCUCGGCAGGGGCAGGGGGAUGGGGUGGCGGGAAAGACGAAGGAAUGA